UGGUAUGUUGGAAAGCCGAGCAUGAGAGAGGCCUGGGAACCAUUUUCUCCAUGACUUAGCUACCAAGCUUUUCGGAAGAAACAAACAGAAAAUACUGGUUGAGCUUCUGUUGGUUCGUUAUAUUUCUUAGGAGGUGGGCUGGUUUCUGCAAAAUUUACGUCCAAAAUGUCCCAAACCAAUACUAAUAAGGAAUUCACUAUGACAAAGGAGGAGCUGGAUAAGUUUGAAAAAGCAAUGAAAGAUGAAGAGUUUCGAAAAUUACUUGUGGAAUACGCUAAAGAGAUAUCUGACCCAGAAAACAAGAAGAAAUAUGAGGAAGAAAUAGCAGAGAUGGAGAAAAUGAGAGGAAUGGAUGUGAAGUUUGUUCAUCCAGAGGAUGGUUAUGUUGUAAAAACAACAGAUAUCAGUAGUGGUUUGAAAGCAUUUGUCAACAUGUGCUCUAAUCAGCACAUUGGACAACCCUCGUCACAAUAUACUGAAAAGGAGGAGAAUGGGAAAAAGAGAGCUGGUCAUCAGUGGAAUAUUCCUUACAGCUUGUCCCAACCUAGAGAUGAUGUUGACAGAGAACCUUUGUCUCUAUGUCUGUUAUUAUUUAUAAUAAUUUAUUUUUGGUUGCAACAGGACAAGAGAUUUAAACAGUUGAUGAUUGACACUGCUUUUGAUGGGAUACACAGGGAGUUCAGUGUAACACUGGACCGAAAAAAUCUGAAAUUCCCAAAGAUGAAGUUUAAGGGGGUCAAGCAAUCUUCAGUGAUAAGAACAAAGACAAAGGAGGUCCCUGAAGAUUCUGCUGAGUUAAGCAUUGGUGGUAUGAAAUUCCCCUACCCUUACAGUGACCAACCAACAGUACAAAAAGAAGAGAGGAAAACAAUGGUUAGCAAAGAAGAGAAACAGAAAAAGAUGACAAGUGCUUCCAGUGUACCAGAGUAUAAAAUAGUACAUCGUGGACACAUUGACCUUCAGAACUUUACACAUGCAAGAGAUUCUAAUCAAAGUACAAGACCUAAAGAACUUCUUGUAUAUGUUGAUUUGCCGCUGUUGGAAUCUGCCGCUCCUGUGGAGUUAGAUAUUCUUGAGAAGAAGCUGAAGUUGGUCUGCAAGAAUCCUCCUUACAGUCUAGAAAUAUCACUUCCAUAUCCAGUUGACGAAGAAAAUGGCUCCGCUAAGUUUGACAAGAGCAAAAGGCAACUAACUGUUACAUUACCCGUGUUACCAGCUCUACUGACUCAACAAUUGGGUGAAGGAGAAGGAGAUGAUACAGAAGAACAGGUUGAAGUUUUACAAUGCACAAAUGACGAACAGCUGAAUUCAAUUCGGUCAAGCGCAGAAGAAUUUAUUGAUAAUACUCUGCCACGUGAUGGAAUGAAACCACGUGAAGGUGAUUCUACGGAGGAGAAUUCAGAAGACAAUACCAACGCUGCUUGGUGGAACAAGAAACUGCAGCGUAAUGCGGAGAAUGAAUUACUGGACAGUCUCGAGGAUGAAGAUAGCACAGACAUCCGAUUCAAGCUGCCAAGCUCAUCCGAUUCAGACUUCUCAUCUCCAUGCUUCUUCACGUGUCCGCCUUACAACUACCACCAGGAUGAUGACGUCAUCACAUUUGUCAUUGACGUCGCAGAUAUCGCCCUCGACACCGUCUCCCUCGGUUUCAAGAAAAACAAGGCAUACAUUAGCUUCCCAUCCGGUACGCCCCGACUCGGGGAACUGCCUUCCCCGGAUUAUGCCCUCUAUCUACAGUUCCCGGAUGAUCAUAACCUGGACGCUGAUCUCUGUAAUAUUGACGUCAGUAAGGAGAAUCUAGUUCUGAGUCUUUACAAAGAGAGAUCCUGUAAAGGAAUGUGGGAUAGUNAUGACACUGGGAAGAAGUGUGUUGUAUAUGAUGCAGUGUUCCAUCCUGAUACAUACAAGAAGGGCCACAAGUCCACCGUCGCUACUGACCGUGAAACAAACGUGAAGGUUUCAUCUCUGACCGAUGACUGCCUUAGUCUUGAGAUAGAAACAGGACACUCAGCACAUGAACUGUUGGGAUCUCAGUGGAAUUCAAAGGAAGAGGAGCAGCCAGACACCAUUGAGCACAUGGGAGAAAGCAUUAGUUCAUGCGAGGAAGUGAACGUGUCUGACUUAGUAGAAGAACUUCACAGAACUAAACUAAAUGGAAGCCCAGAGUUGAAUGAUUUUUGUGGCAAAGAGCGCGAGAAUGCGGAGCGUACAAAUGUGAAAAGCAAAGCGGAAUCUGUGAGUUCAGAUCCAGCGAAGAUCGAUAGUGAAGCAGCUUGUGCGGAAAUGGGAGAUAGUUUUGUACCAAUCGAUGUGAUAAGUAACGCAGUAAGGACUCGGCGGUCUAUUCUACGGAGAACUUCCAGCACUUCCACGGAUGAUUCCCUGGGAGACGAGAACGAAUUCAACGGAGUACCGGAUUCCCCGAGCAAGAAAAAUGUACGAUUUAACCUCAAUCCCAACGUUCGUGUUUUUAGCAACAAAAAGGAUAAAAAGAAAAGGAAAUUAGAGGCAAAGCUUAAGGCUGAAGCGCGAAAGCAUUCAUUAGAAAGCGAAGGAAGUGGAUCUGAACAGAGCAACGGGACUUCGCCCGUUGAUAACGGGAUUGGAUGGGAUGGGUUUGACGAUCAAUCCCUCGGGAAGGGAACUAACGGGAUAACCUCUCAUAAAACUCCAGAUAAUGAGGAGCUUGAAAAGGUAGAUGAAAAAGGAGCUAAAAUUAGUGAUGAUCAAACUACGGGCGAUGGUUUUGGUAAACCUUCAAGUCCAAGUGACUCUUUUGGGAUGACUAACAAUUUAAUAUUUGAAUUAGAUGACUGA